UCUGGAGCCAGAUGAGACACACACACGCUCCUGAGGUCACAUUGUUAUUCCGGCAAAUGGCAGUUUUGGACUUUGGUAUUUUUCCCUGUUUGGAGAGAUGAGAGGGAGGGUGUGAGAAAGAGAGAGAGAGAGAGAGAGAGGCAUAUAAAUUGCAAGCAUCCACGUUGGAGCAGCCUCAUUCAACAGGUCUCAGCAUGGAGUUCAAAGGAGUUUGUGUACUGCUGGGGGUACUACUACUGGUGAACUGCUCAUUUCAGCAGCAGAGUCCACCGAAGAAGAAGUCUGUGAAAAAAGUGUUGUUGGAAUCCGACACAGCAAAGGAUGCUGCCGUCGAGGAGCUACAGAAACAGAUCGACGACAUUGUCCAGGAGCUCAACCUACUGAAGGAACAACAAGCUCUGCAGACAGUCUGUUUGAAAGGUAUAAAGAUCCAUGACAAGUGUUUCUUGGCUGACACUGUGAGAAAACACUAUCACACUGCCAGUGAGGACUGCAACGCCAUGGGCGGUGUCCUCGGUACACCCACAUCCAGCUAUGAGAACGACCAGCUCAGAGACUACAUCCGCCAGCGCAUCGGCCCAGAUGAGCAGGUCUGGCUGGGCAUCAACGAUAUGGUGACUGAGGGCAGCUGGAUGGACCAGACCGGCGUCAGCAUUACAUUCAAAAACUGGGACACCUCCAACUACCGGUCCCCUCAGCCAGACGGUGGCAAGUCCCACAACUGCGCCGUCCUGUCUGGGGCCUCCAAUGGGAAGUGGUUUGACGAGAACUGUCGUGAGGAGAAGCCCUCCGUCUGCCAGUUCAACAUUGUUUGAUCCCAUGUAUCUCAUCAUAGACUGUGCAUGGUUAUAGCUGCUUUCAGUGUAUGUAAUCCUGCUGCAAUGCCACUCUGCCCUCUAUUUUAAAAGUAGAUUUAAACAAGUGGUUCUUAGCUGGUUUUGCAUCAGGACUAAAUUCUGGUUUAGAAGUCACAAUCAGUUCAGUUGCAUGAGACAUAUGAUGUUAUUUCUGACUUAAGUGAUCUUGUGAUGUGUCAUUUGCAGCAUUCCUUGUGGCCACAAUGAAACCAGGAAGAAUAGAAUAAACCAGAGACGUUUUGGACAUUAUCUUCUCCAAAAGGACUCAAUCAUGUUUGCCUUCAUUUUAUAGAUCUUCU